AUGAUGCUGUCCCGCCGAAUUGUACGGGCCUCGCCCGCCCGUCUCGUUGCGCUCGCCGCGAACCGAUCCCCCAUUGUCCAGCAGCGCCGUACCUUUUUGCCCGACCAGCUUACCGGCCGGGGCGGCCUCAUGGAAGAAAAGUAUCCCGACUCCGAUUAUCCUCAACUCACCGAUGCUGAGGACCCCGAAAUGAACGGCGGCUACAUCAACCCCCCGCGCAUCAAGCGCCAGUUUCGCGAUCCCUACGCCAAGUGGUGGGACCCUCAGGAGCGUCGCAACUUUGGCGAGCCCGUGCACGAAGACCACGAUCUCCUGGGCAUGUUUUCGCCAUACGAAUACACUUGGGUCUCUCCCGGCAAGGGUCUUGCCCAGAUUGGCGCCUUCAUCGUUGCCUUCCUCGGUCUCUGCUACGGCGUCAAGCUCACGUAUCCCGACAAGGUCUCGUAUCCUCGUGAGUUCGAGGACGGUUUGUUGCAGGAACUGGGCGGUUCGGGAGCUGUUAGGGCGAGACAGGCGGGUGAUCCUGACCCUUGA